AUGCUCGCCCAGGGUCUUGUUCUCUUCACUUCGCUCGUCGCUGCCGUGUCGGCCUCCACCGGCCGCGGCACCGCCUACUACCAGUACGGCGUCGCCGGCUCCUGCGGCCAGGUGCACUCCGACUCGGACCUGAUCGCCGCCAUCGCCAACGGCAAAUCCUACUGCGGCAAGCAGAUCCGGGCCAAGAACACGGGCAGCAACGACGGCGUCGGCGGCCUGGGCAACGAGCUGACCGUGACGGUGGCCGACACCUGCCCGAGCUGCGGCGCGGGCGACGUUGACUUCAGCAUUGGCGCGUGGAACCAGCUGACCAACAAUUCUCCUCUGGGCACGUUCAACGUUGAGUGGGAGUUUAUUAACUAG